AUUAGAAUCUAUACUUCUCCACCGUAAAAUGGCUAGCAACAACAGCAACAACAUCGUUGACCUGCGCUCGGACACCGUCAGCCAGCCGACACCGGAGAUGCGUGCGCGCAUGGCCAGCGCUGUGGUGGGCGACGAUGUCUAUGGCGAGGAUCCCACUCUCGCCGAGCUGGAGGCAAAGACAGCUGCAAUAUUCGGCAAGGAGGCUGGCCUAUUUGUGCCCAGCGGCACCAUGGGAAAUCUUUUGGCCGUUAUGGUUCAUUGCAGUCGACGUGGCUCGGAGGCCAUCGUGGGCGAUUUAUCCCACAUAUUUCUCUAUGAGCAAGGUGGCUCGGCGCACUUGGCUGGCGUGCAAUUAGCCCAGUUGAGAAAUCUGCCGGAUGGCACCUUCAGCCUGGAAGAGCUGCGCCACAAGAUACGCCAGUAUGAGGACUGUCACGAGCCAGUCACCUCUCUGGUCGUCGUCGAGAACACCCACAACAUGUGUGGCGGCAAGGUGUUGCCGCUGUCCUAUCUGGACGAGCUGGUGUCACUGGUGCGCGAUUCGGGCUUAGGCGUCGUACGCAUCGGCCUGCACAUGGACGGCGCUCGAGUGUUCAAUGCGGCCGCUGCUUUGGGUGUCAGCGUUGAGCGCAUCGCUCGGGGCUUCGACUCGGUGUCGGUGUGCCUGAGCAAGAGCUUGUCCGCUCCAGUGGGCUCCGUAUUGGUGGGCUCCAAGAAAUUCAUAGCCGAAGCUCACCGACUCCGCAAAGCCUUGGGCGGUGGCAUGCGACAGGCGGGUAUUCUGGCGGCUGCAGGAUUGGUGGCCUUGGAUGAGGUGGUGCCACUGCUAGCAGCAGACCAUGAGCGAACCAAACGCAUAGCGAAUAGCAUUGACCAGCUGCACAGCCCCAAUGUAGUUGUGGACUUGGCGACUGUGCAGAGUAACAUUUUGCUGAUACAGAUUAAGCAGCCAAAGCUGACUGCCGGCCAGUUUGCGGAGCGCCUGGCUGUCAUCGAGCCCGAGGAGUUGCUGGCUGGCGUAACGGGCAGUAAUGGAGCAGGCAUUGUGCUCAAGGCCAGCGCUCGCAAUUGGGAGUUUAUGCGCUUAGUGCUGUAUCAUCAGGUGGACGACGAACAGGUGGAACUAGCCAUUAAGAAGCUUAGCUACGUCAUCAAACAGUACGAUGCCCGUUGGCCCCGAGCCCUGGACUAGA